AUGCCUCCUGGGUUUCCCACUAGCGGCAAUGGCCUAUGGUAUUCCGAACCUGCUGUCAAUUGGUCGACGCAGUACCUACCGAUCGGAAAUGGAUACCUGGCUGCGUCUUCCGCACCAGGCGCAUUCUCAGCUACCUUCUCCUUCUCCUCGCUCGACGGUCUGCCCACUCGCAACAUCACUUGCCUCGACACCUCCACUAUCCAGCUUCGCGGCUAUGCAGCAUCUCCGGGCAUGCUCUACGAGAUACUCGCCAGCAUACGCCACGCCGGGCCUGCAGGCAGCAGCGCCGCAUGUGUCGUGGAUGGCAAGUCGGGAGACGCGGUGCUGGUAACAAAAGGAAGCACGGAAGCAUGGGUGAGCUGGGUGGGUGGGACAGAGUACUCGAUGGAGACAGGGAACGCGCAAAGCGGGUAUACGUUCAAGGGAGCAGAUCCGCAUGGAGAACUGGUGGGGCUACUGGCAAAUGCAGAGAAGGAGAGUGUAGGGAAAGGGCUGGCGAAUCACAUUGGGGACUACCGGGCAGCACUGGGAGGGUUCUCGCUGGACAUCGGACAGAAGGUGGAGAAGACGAAGACGACUGCGGAGCUGCGAAAAGAGUACAAGACAGACAUCGGUAACCCUUACCUCGAAUGGUUGCUCUUCAACUAUGGUCGAUAUAUGCUUGUCUCGAGUACACGCGGAGAUCUUCCAGCGAAUUUGCAAGGCAAGUGGGCGCGUGAUACCGCUAAUCCUUGGUUCGGAAAUUACCAGCCUAACAUCAACCUCCAGAUGAAUUAUUGGUCAGCUGAGAUGACAGGUCUAAACGUCACAUCCACGCUUUGGGACUAUAUGGAGAAAACCUGGGUUCCUCGCGGCUCUGAAACGGCCAGGGUACUAUACAACGCCACGAGCGGAUGGGUUGUUCAUAAUGCGGUAAAUACCUUCGGACAUACCGGGAUGAAUAGAUUCGGGUCAGACAAUAGUGCCGAGUGGGCAAAUUACCCCGAAGCGGCUGCCUGGAUGAUGUUUCAUGUCUACGACCACUUUGAUUAUACAUGCGAUGUACCCUGGUGGAGGGCGCAUGGGUGGCCUAUACUCAAAGGCGUGGCAACCUUCUGGCUGGAUCAUCUGGUAAAAGAUGAGUAUUUCAAGGACGGCACUCUGGUAGCUGUUCCCUGCAAUUCUCCCGAACAGGCUAUAACGACUCUUGGAUGUGCUCAUUCUCAGCAGGUCAUCUGGCAGCUGUUCAAUGCUAUCGAAAAGGGGUUCAACGUUUCAGGUGACCAGGAUACAGUAUUCUUACAAAAGAUCAGGGAAAAAAGGCUCAAACUUGAUAAAGGAAUCAAGAUUGGUUCGUUUGGUCAACUUCAAGAAUGGAAGGUCGAGUUCGAUAGUCCAACUAACCUUCAUCGCCACCUAUCUCAUCUUGUUGGCCUCUACCCCGGUUAUACUCUUGCAAAUUUCCGGACACGGAGUGGCGCAGGUCAGGGUAUCCCAGAGUUGAGUCGCGAGCAGGUUUUGAAGGCCAGCGAGAUCUCGCUCAUUUCUCGAGGCAAUGGCACGGGGCCCGAUGGCGAUGCAGGAUGGGAGAAAAUUUGGCGAGCGGCAUGCUGGGCUCAACUAAAAAAUAACACCCGUUUCUACCAUCACAUCACUUAUGCAAUCGAAAGAAACUUUGCUGAAAACCUAUGGAGUCUCUAUAACUCUUUCACUGAAGAUCCAAUCUUCCAAAUUGACGCCAAUCUGGGUUACCCGGCCGCUGUAUUGAAUGCCCUUGUACAGGCUCCAGAUACGCCCUCGUUGUUUGAUGCCUUGGCGAUAACAAUCCUACCUGCACUUCCAGAUUCUUGGGCUUCUGGGUCAAUUAAAGGUGCUCGUAUACGCGGUGGUAUGGCACUGGAUCUCACCUGGUCGAAUGGCAAGGCGGUUCGAGCGACUAUAAAGGUGGAUACUGCUUUAUGGUAUGCCCGUAAAGUGCAACUGUGGCAGGGUGGACAGCUCGUCGCAACGUUCUCCGCAACUCCAGGUCUUAGGCGAAGCUUUGUAUUUUGA